AUGACGACUCCUAAUGACUCAGCUUGUUUGUUUCUCGCUGGUGUUUUGGCAGGAGUUUGUGUUCGUGUACCUGUUUGGAGGCGGAGUCCGCCCGGCUGCUAUGUGAGGAUCCGCCCCAUGAGGUUGGCCGCCAGAGGUCAAGCCUCAGUGCUCAUCAUUCCUCCUGUGGUGGACCGUGAUGAAGGGAAGGUGAUCUCUCUGAUUUUGGCGGUGAGUUCUGGCUGUAAUUUCACACCUGGCACUGGUGACAGCCCUGAGGCUACAAUACUAAUUAAUAUUAAUGUUAAUCAGCAGUUUUUUUGUGAUGAGUCCCGCAAGAUCCUGCGGCUGUGUGGUGAGCUGUACGAUCUGGACGCCGCCUCCCUGCAGCUGAAAGUCAUCAAUUAUUUGCAGACAGAAACUCAGUCGCAGUGCUGCUGUUUACUGCUGUGGUUGUCUGAAGACAAUCACCAGCUCUUCUGUCAGGUUGUCGGUGAUAAAGUUUUGGAAGAGGAAAUCAGUUUUUCCAGUAACUUAUGUUUUGGUCGGUUUGGGCAGGGUGGUGGAGAAAAGAAAUCCAUUACCCUACAGGACGUCAGCCAGGAGGAACGCGGGUUACUGAGCAGUUUGUUGGGGUUCGAGCCGAACUCGAUGCUUUGUGUUCCUGUCAUCAGUCAAGCCACUGGACAGGUGGUGGCGCUAGCGUGUACCUUCAACAAACUGGGUGGACAGAGGUACAUGGAGGCGGAUGAGCAUGUGAUCCAGCACUGUUUCUGUUACACAUCGACGGUUCUCACCAGCACACUGGCCUUCCAGAAAGAGCAGAAACUCAAGUUUGAGUGUCAGGCUCUGCUGCAAGUGGCUAAAAACCCUCUUCACACACCCUCGGUGAAUGACGUGUCUGUAUUACUGCAGGAGAUCAUCAUAGAGGCCAGAAACCUGAGCAACGCUGAGAUUUGUUCUGUGUUCCUGCUGGAUCACUUCAGUCAUGAGCUCGUGGCUAAAGUGUUUGAUGGAGGAGUCGUGAACGAUGACGAGGUUUGUAUCAAAUCACAUGCAGCGCUUUAUACAAUACAGAUCCAUUCAAAGCAGCUUCACAGUAAUAAUCAGGAAUAUAACUUUUUAAGCCAGCUUCUCUUCUCUCUAUGGUCCGAGCAGAAGAGGUUUACCGUAUCCCGGGCGGAUCAGGCGGCAAUGGCUAGAUCCGCGUGGCCACCCAAAUUUGGAAAAAAAUCCUCAACAUCAAAGGGUAUGCAUUAUCUCCCAACCCUAUGUUUUACCGCGGGUGGAAGGCACCCCCUGCAGGAGCUUUCAGGGCCCAUGAGAAACAUCACUCUGCUUCCCCCAUCAAAAGAUGAGAGCCGAAGAUUUUUGUGUGUGUGUCAGUCUCUGCUGUAUAAGAAGGUGCAUGAGGCUCAGUUCCGCAGUCAUCUGGCCAAUGAGAUGAUGAUGUACCACAUGAAGGUGUCGGAGGAGGAGGUCACUAAACUCCUGCACAGCGGCAUCGAGCCGGUCCAGAAGAUCCACCCGGACUUCUCUGAGUUCACGUACACGCCGCGCUCUCUGCCCGACGACAGCACGCCGAUGGGCAUCCUGAGCAUGCUUGAAGACAUGGGCUUCAUCAACACCUAUAAGAUCAACCUGCACACGUUAGCCAGGUUUUUUGUCUUUGGGGAAAAAGGGCUACAAGACCCUCCGUAUCCAACUGGUGCCGCUUUCCCUUCACUUCUGCUAUGCACAGAACCCCACAACUGUCCAACACCUCGGUAA